AAUCCACUCAGAACAACCCUCUGUCCCAAGCGGAGUGUCACCUCCUGCUUUAGAAUCCUCCAGCUCUGCUAACUGGAACCCACUCUGCCUGCAGGAGCACGCUGCAAGGCUUUCACUCCUUCCCACCUUGCCUGGGGGAAAUCUCGUCCACGGACUCAGAGACAUUCAAAUUCCAUCCUGAGACAAUUUCACAAAGAAUUUCUUUAGGAGCUCUGCUGGGGCCCUACGAUGACACACCAACCAUUUGUGCUGCCACCUGUCAAAGCUUUGGAUGGUCCCACUUUAAGGUCAUGACCUCUGGAUUUACCAGAUUCUUCAAGACAAUGUCAAAUAUGAUCCAAGAUAAAAUGUGAUUUGAGUCUGGAGAUAAUUGUACAUUUUUCUUUUAAGGUCACUAAGAAGAACCCAGUGUAAGUGAUAGAAGAGAACCCUAACACAAAGUUUGUACACAAAGAAACUGCUGCGAGUUUGAUUUAUAUAGUAUACUUUAUUUUGGCUUCAAUGAUGAAGAAAAAGUUUAUCUUGAAUUUUCUGUGUCUCUUGCCUAUUUUUACGAUUCUUGUCAUAGCACAAUCAAAUGAGAUACAAAGGCAUGAAGGCGGCAUACUUCAGUUGGGCGUCACUAAAAAUAAAAUCAUGACAGCUCAGUAUGAGUGUUACCAAAAAAUUAUGCAAGACCCUAUUCCCCAAACUGACGGUCUCUACUGCAACAGAACCUGGGAUGGAUGGCUGUGUUGGAAUGAUGUUGCAGCCGGAACGGAAUCAAUGCAGCACUGUCCUGACUACUUUCAGGACUUUGACCCUUCAGAAAAAGUAACAAAGAUUUGUGACCCAGAUGGAAACUGGUUUAGACAUCCAGCAAGUAAUAGAACAUGGACAGAUUACACCCAGUGUAAUCUUAACACCCAUGAGAGAUUGAAGACUGCAAUGAAUUUGUUUUACCUGACUAUCAUUGGACAUGGAUUAUCCAUUGCAUCACUACUUAUCUCGCUUGGCAUAUUCUUUUAUUUCAAGAGCCUAAGUUGCCAGAGGAUCACCUUGCACAAAAACCUGUUCUUCUCCUUUAUUUGCAACUCCAUUGUCACGAUCAUCCAUCUCACUGCCGUAGCCAACAACCAGGCCUUGGUGGCUAGGAAUCCUGUUAGCUGUAAAGUGUCCCAGUUCAUCCAUCACUACCUGAUGGGCUGCAAUUACUUCUGGAUGCUCUGCGAGGGCAUUCACCUGCACACACUCAUCGUGGUGGCUGUGUUUGCAGAGAAGCAGCACCUGAUGUGGUAUUAUUUUCUUGGAUGGGGAUUCCCACUGAUUCCUGCUUGUAUUCAUGCGGUCGCCAGAAGCCAAUAUUAUAACGACAACUGCUGGAUCAACUCUGAUACCCACCUCCUUUAUAUUAUCCACGGCCCGAUCUGUGCUGCAUUACUGGUCAAUCUCUUUUUCCUAUUGAAUAUUGUCCGGGUUCUCAUCACCAAGUUAAAAGUGACUCACCAAGCGGAGUCUCACCUCUACAUGAAAGCGGUGAGAGCUACUCUUAUCCUGGUGCCGCUGCUUGGCAUUGAGUUCGUGCUGCUCCCAUGGCGACCCGAGGGAAGGACUGCGGAGGAGGUCUACGACUACAUCAUGCACAUCCUUAUGCACUACCAGGGUCUUCUGGUCUCUACGAUUUUCUGCUUCUUUAACGGAGAGGUUCAAGCAAUUUUAAGAAGAAACUGGAAUCAAUACAGAAUCCAAUUUGGAAACAGUUUUUCCCAGACAGAGGCCCUCCGUAGCGCAUCUUACACAGUGUCGACAAUCAGUGAUGGUCAAGGAUACAGUCAAGACUAUCCCAGUGAACACUUAAAUGGGAAAAGCAUCCAUGAUAUUGAAAAUGUUGUUUUAAAACCAGAAAACUUUUAUGCUUGAAAUAGAUGGAACAGUGCGUAAAUGUUUUGUACCACUAGCUCAAGGACUUGGUUUCAUGACUUUAUAUGGACAUUUCAGUAUUAAAUACAUUUCUUGAAUGCCACACACAGAAACAAACAUAGGAAUUCAACCUUGUACUGGUAAAAGUUCAACAGCUAUGUGGGAG